CCUUCCCACGCCCCACUGCGCUGUGGGAUAGUGGCACUAUAAAGUAUAUCCUCUCUCGGCGAAAGAUAAGAAGCCCGAGACAGGAGGGGGAUGAAGAUGGCGGACGCCAAGCAGAAGCGGAAUGAACAGUUAAAGCGAUGGCUUGGCUCGGAAACGGACCAGGAGCCUCCUGUUUUGAAAAAGAAAAAGACGAAGGUGAAGUUCGAUGAUGGCGCCGUGUUUCUGGCCGCCUGUUCGAGCGGCGAUACCGAGGAGGUGCUCCGAAUGCUUGACCGGGGCGCUGACAUCAACUACGCCAAUGUAGACGGUCUCACCGCCCUCCACCAGGCAUGCAUAGAUGACAAUGUCGACAUGGUGACUUUCCUGGUGGAGCAUGGAGCCUGCAUCAACCAGCCUGAUAACGAGGGCUGGAUCCCCCUCCACGCUGCAGCUUCCUGUGGAUACCUAGACAUAGCAGAGUAUCUCAUCAGCCAGGGUGCCAGUGUAGGAGUUGUAAACAGUGAGGGCGAGACGCCUCUGGACAUUGCCGAAGAGGAGGCAAUGGAGGAGCUCCUGCAGAAUGAGAUCAACCGGCAAGGGGUUGAUAUCGAGGCAGCCCGGAAAGAGGAGGAGCGCAUCAUGUUGAGGGAUGCCCGGCAGUGGCUCAACAGCGGCCAGAUCCAAGACGUGCGGCAUACGAAAUCUGGGGGAACGGCGCUCCAUGUAGCCGCUGCGAAGGGAUACGUCGAGGUUUUAAAGCUUUUAAUCCAAGCAGGGUAUGAUGUAAAUAUUAAGGACUAUGAUGGCUGGACUCCUCUACAUGCAGCAGCACACUGGGGCAAAGAGGAGGCCUGUAGGAUACUGGUUGAGAAUCUAUGUGACAUGGACAUCAUGAAUAAAAUGGGUCAGACUGCUUUUGAUGUAGCAGAUGAAGAUGUUCUGGGAUACUUAGAAGAACUACAGAAGAAACAAAAUCUGCUGAGAAGUGAGAAGAAAGAUGUUAAGAAAUCUCCUCUGAUUGAAACAACCACCACUGGGGACAACAAUCAAUCACUGAAGCCAAUCAAGAGCAAAGAAACGCUGCUUCUGGAGCCCGAGAAGAGCGCUCCUCGCAUCGAGACCUUAGAGCCAGAGAAAGUGGAUGAAGAAGAGGAGGGUAAGAAGGAUGAAUCAAGCUGCUCUAGUGAAGAAGAGGAGGAAGAAGAUUCAGAAUCAGAGACUGAAGCAGCAGAAAAGAGCAAGCCCUCAGCAGCAGUGAGCAACAGCACAACACCAACCAGCGUCACGGUGUCUUCUCCAACUAGCCCAACUAACCAGGUGACGACCCCCACUUCACCAGUUAAAAAGUUUGAAUGUAUUACUCCCCUCAUGCCUGUGGCGGAGCCAGGCUGUCCUGCAUUGUGGCGUCAAGGUUUGCGCAAAACUGGCAUUUCUCUAGUGCCCAAAAAACUUAUGGUCACUCAGCCUGCUGGAAAGGUUUCAACUAAAGUGGAGGAGGAGAGGAAGGAUGAGUCUCCAGCGUCCUGGCGUUUGGCUUUGAGAAAGACGGGCAGCUAUGGAGCACUGGCCGAGAUCACUGCCACCAAGGAGGCACAGAGGGAGAAGGAUACCACUGGGGUUAUGCGUUCGGCCUCGAGCCCUCGCCUCUCCACAUCUCUGGACAACAAAGACAAGGAGAAGGAAAAGGAUAAAGGAACCCGGCUUGCCUAUGUGGCUCCAACCAUUCCCAGGAGACUGGCCAGUACUUCGGACAUUGACGAGAAGGAAAACAGGGACUCCACUGCUCUGAUACGUAGCGGCUCCUACACCCGGCGACGCUGGGAUGACGACCUGAAGAACAGUGAAGGAAGUGCCUCCACCAUCCGAACCCCCAGCUACCAGCGCAGCACUUCCCAUACGCUAGCGCUAGGGCGGAGCGGCAGCACGCGGGACGUGCCAGCCAAGUCUUCGUCAACCUCCAACUUGGACCCUAACACCUGUAAUACUAAACCCUGGCAGCCACCCACCUCCCACUACCCGUCUUACAGCAUUUACCGCAGCGGCUCAUUCGGCAGACGACACGAGGACUUGGGCUCCUCAACCACUUCCUCCGCCACGACCACCUCCACCUCCUCAUCUGUUACCUCGCCCACGGGCCAUCGUGGCCUGUACUCAAGCCUGGGCUCUUCCUCCACUCGCACUGGCUCCACCAGUCUCACCAGCAGGUACUGGUCAGAGGAGAGUGCAGAGAAGGAGAAGGAGUCGGCUGCUGUCGUCCCCACUAUAAACACUGGCUCUACUACGACCACCACGUCUACCACUACCACCACUACCACUGGCACUGGCACCGAAAGACGCAGGUCAUACUUGACUCCAAAGCGAGAUGAGGAGUCGGAGUCUCAGAGGAAAGCUCGCUCCAGACAGGCUCGACAGUCAAGGAGGUCCACCCAGGGUGUGACUCUGACUGAUUUACAAGAGGCUGAGAAAACAAUCGGCAGGAGUCGUACCACAAAGACUCGGGAGGAGGAGAAGGAGGAGAAAGAGAAGCAGGACAAGGAAAAGCAAGAGGAGAAGAAGGAGACUGAGACGAAGGACGAUGAUUACCGAUACAAGUACCGCACCUACGAUGAGCGGUCAAGGCUUUCAUCUUCUUCCACCUCCACCAUUUCCUCAGUCAGCACUGCCUCCACCCCUUCCUACUCUAGCACCACGUCCUCCAGUUCUAGCUCCCUCAACAGGCCUAACAGUCUGACGGGGAUAACCUCCUCCUAUAGCCGUUCCUCCAGAGAUACAGAAAAGGCAGAAGCAGACAAGAAGGAGGAGGAAAAGGAGGGAGAGGACAAGUCUCAGCCCCGCUCCAUACGGGAUCGCAGGCGGCCCCGCGAAAAGAGACGUUCCACUGGGGUCUCCUUCUGGAGUCAGGAUGGUGAUGAAAAUGACCCCGAUCAACAGUCGGACUCGGAGGAGGGCAACGCCAAGGGAGAGCCACAGGUAACUCGGGUCAUAGGAGAGAAAAUAGAUUAAACUGACUAAAGGAGAAGCCCUCCAGCCUCCAUCCUCCUUCUCCUUGUAUCCCAUGACGUCUAUUUUAUCUUUUGCAUGUAUUUACUAUUCUGGUCCUUCCUCGCCUCAUCUCAUGUCGUUAAGGCCAAGGAAGUGGACUAGUCUUUGAUAUUCAUUACUCUGUGCCGUACAGCUAUGAUUUUCUCCCCUACCGCUUAUCUUUUCUUUUUCUUUUUUUGGACUCCUGCCUUUGAAUUUCUUAUCGUCCUCCCCCUUUCCACCUUCCGGUGAUUGUCUGGUGUAUGAGGGUGACCUUGCAAACCAAAGGCUCACUCGGCAACAGAUCGGUGGGCUUUCAAAACAUGUAGAAGCACAAAAGGAAGGAAAUGCAGGUCUUUUAUAGGCAGAAAACACACUUAAAUGACAUGCUGACAAGUUGAACUUUGAGCCCUUUUUUUUUUUUUUUCUCUCUCCACAAAUGGAGUCAGAAUUUCAGCUUAAAACGAACAAGAAAUAACAUGUAAGAAUUUUCCUAAAGGCUUCUGGUGACAUAAGCAUAAAAAAGCAGUGGAAUCCAGUGCAUUCAUACUGUCCUUAGAAGCCACAGAGAGGGCAGCUUUGUGAAAAUAUUGUUGGCUGGGUGCACUUCCUGUUUGGAUGGGAGUGUCUUUUGAAGCAUAAUGGAGAACACACAGUUUUCCUUUGAGUACAGAGAUCCUGGGGAGGAGAGAGAGACAACAGCU